GGUCAAUACAUACAUAAGGUAGAAUACAGCAUUCCAGAAUAUUGAUAUAGAAGAUUGUCAAAAUAGAUUUAUUUUUCAAUAGAGUCAGGAUUACUUUGUGCAAGAUUUCAAUAGUAGAAUUUUUCGUAUUUAGUAGCUUUAUAAAAAAGUGCUCACAUUCUAAAAGUGAAUCAAAAGUAUGGAAUAUCGCCAGCCUAGAUCUGAAAUAUAUCUCCAACCAGAAGUAGGUAAUUACCACCAGCCUCGUUCAGAAAUUCUUGUUCAUGGUCGGUCAUACAGACAACCUGAGCAAAGAGCAGUUCAGUAUGUAACGAGGGAACAACCCAGAUAUAUUGUUAGACAAAAUCAGCAAUUAUCUCCACAAUAUGUGGUCAGAGAAAGGAGUAGAUCACCAUAUAUGAUAAGCAAUGACCAAUCUCCACAAUAUGUGGUCAGGGAAAGGAGUAGAUCGCCGUAUACAAUAAGUAACGGACAGUCUCCACAAUAUGUGGUCAGAGAAAGGAGUAGAUCACCAUAUUUGAUAAGUAAUGGUCAAUCUCCGCAAUAUGUGGUCAGAGAAAGGAGUAGAUCCCCAUAUAUGAUUACUAAUGGUGACUCCAUUUCACCUCGCUAUAUAUCAGAAAAUCCAUAUGCUGUGAAAGAUAAAAAUAUUCUUUUGUCAAAUGGAAAUACACGUUACAUAAGCAGAUAUCAACCUAGGCCCCUAACAGAAUUGGAGUUAGAUAUGUACAAGAGAUACAAGCCAAUAUUUGAUCGGCAUGAACCUGAUGGCGUACCUCUCAAUCUCCUGAAGGAAGAAUUAAAAGAUGAAGGGAUCACAGAUCAUAUCCCAGAAGCGAGGCUACAUCGUAUCCUUGACAGAGCAGAUAGGGAUGGAGACGAAAGAAUUGAUUUUGUGGAAUUCAUGAAAAUGAUGACGACAGAUGUAACAAAGGAAGAAAGAUCAGCAUUUCAGAGUGUUAUUGGUGCUGCUGUGGCUGACAUAUUACCCAAGAGUAUGAGGGAAGAUUUUCUUGCCAAUUACACCUGUAGACCACCACCUAUAUUUAUGAUAUUUAUAAGUUUAGUUGAGAUCAUUAUAUUUGCUGUGUAUGCAGCUGAGUUAUCAGACACAACAACACCUGUAACAGCUACCUCAGGUGUACCACUGUACAGUCCGUUACUCUAUAAACCAAAGAGACGUUACGAGGCUUGGAGAUAUAUAACUUAUAUGUUUAUACAUCAAGGAUACAUGCACAUCAUAUUUAACCUGAUAUUCCAGCUGUUAUUAGGUUUACCAUUAGAACUGGUACAUAAAUGGUGGAGAGUUCUGUUAAUCUAUGUAUUAGGAGUUAUAGCUGGAUCACUUGCUCAUUCUGUAACAGAUGUAGAUGUAGCUCUAGCGGGAGCCAGUGGUGGAUGUUAUGCUCUUAUUGGUGCUCAUAUAGCUUCUGUUAUAGUUAAUUGGAAAGAAAUGAAUUACCAGUGUACUGAAGGAUCAUUACUGAGGUUUCUGUGUAGUGCUCCCAUACGACUAACAGUGCUUCUUGUUUUGUCUGUAGGAGAUACAGGUCUUGCUAUCUACAGGAGAUACUUUGAAGAAGAAGUAACAAAAGUUGGUAUAUCAGCUCACAUAGGAGGAAUGAUUGCAGGUUUAUUACUUGGAAUACCAAUCCUGAAGAAUGUGAACAUUUUAACCUGGGAGAAAACCCUUGGCUACGUUACUCUAUCAAUAUACCUGUGCUUUGUUGGGUUUGCCAUGAUUUUCAAUGGCGUUUAUGAAGGCUACCCAGAAACAGAUUGGUCAAAAUGCUGUCCAUCGUAAACUUUGUUACCCUGAAUCAGAGGAAUGCUGUCCAAGAAUACUGCAUAAUGAAUUAGUUUUAAGAUUGAGAGUAAUUUAAAAGAGUUUACCAUGUUAUGUUACAUACCAGUUAAGGGAGGCAGCUCAUGGUUUUGGCUGAGAAUUCUAAGUGUAGUUAAAUGAUCUGAAAAUUUGGGUUUUUUUUAAUUUUUAAUUUUUUAUCCAACAUUUAUGUAUGAACAGACAUUAAAAUGACAUUAAGGUGCAUGCAAUUUAUUCUUUACCACUUUACCGACCAUGCAAGACACUCAAGGGUAGUCAAGGUUGUUAAAAAAAACCAUGUCGUUUACCACUUUGGUGAAUUUUCUUAAGUUUACCAAUUUAAGCUGAAUAAAGAUAAAGUAUAAAACUUUUUAAAAUAGAAACAAAGAGAGAAAAUAGAGCUGUAUUACUGAAUUUUGGAAAACAGAGAAAAAAUGUCAGGUUUGAUGUUUGAAAAUUUGUAAUAAUAUUUCUUCAUUGUAAAUUUUAGAUUAGGAUAUAUAUUUUUUGUCUUCCAAGUCAUACAAUUGAUAAUAUGAAUUCAGUUUAAUUCAUUACAUGGCUGUGUAAUUUAAAAGCUUGCCAAAUAAAGAUUCAGUAAAAAAAAACCCAUGUAAGGCGAACAUGGAUGAAAAAAAAAGUAAUUUGAGCUUUUUAUUGGGACAGAAAUAUUUUUUUAUAAUUUUUACAACCUGUGUGAAAUAAACAAAACCAUUGUUAGGAGUAGGCUAACAGGUUUCGUUUAGCUAUAGUAAUCUCCAACCAGCAUGUCUCAUUUUAUUGGUGUUACAUGUAAUAAACAGCCUUACACCGAGUUGGGUUCACUUGUGUGAUCAACAGCUUUAACUUCUGUAAUUGGUGUUACACCUAAAAAUAAGUUUUUGUUUGUUUCUGGGUUACUUCUGAUAAAAAGGUUUCAAUUAAUUAAUGUUCAAGAUUUCAUUGUUUCUGCGUUUCAUCUGAUAAACAGGCACCGCAUCUGAUAAACAAAUCUCACAUUUUAUUUGUGAUAUUUUUAAACAAAAUGUUUCAUUUAUUUUUAACUGUAAUAUAAAAGAAAUGUAUAUUGAGCGAAAUUAUGACUAUUUAUUUGUACAAUCGAACUUACGUUUAUUGUGAUGUGCCAUUACUCAGUAGAAAGGGUUGUGAAUAUAUAUAUAUAUAUUUAUGUAUAUAUGCCAAAAUAAUUAUGAAAAAAAUUAACAUGUCAGAUACACCAUUAUUGUUCAGUAAGGGUUCAUGUGCCUUUCGAAACAUAUUUGUGGAAAUGAUUAAUUGAAAGUAACCAUUAUGUCCCAAUUCUGGAAACUUAAUGUGUAAAUUAUUUUUUUGGCAGCCAUUGGCAUUGUAUGGGCAGAUUUUGUUAUCUUAAUUUUCUAAACCUGGCUUUUGAGCAACAUCCAGUUUAAGGAAAGGAACUAUUACCAUUAAUGUUAUUCUAAAUUGAUAUUUGCUGUUAAUCUUCUUGCCUCAGGAAAUAAGUAGUGUUUAGUUGGCUGAUUAACAUAUUGAGAACAAAAAAAUGUAUGUACAUUGUAUAUCCUUAUCUGACCUACAUUUAUUAAAUCUUUUAUUAUAUUCAGGGCAAUAAGUUUUAUGUGCCUUCUUUAAUUUAUGUAAUUUUUUGGGGCUCCAGUAGGGUACCCUCCUUAGGUCUGAAGGUCAUGUUUUUCCGUGUGUCACCAGGUCACUUUAAAGCAAAUUUAUCAAGAAACCUGCAUUAGAGGUUACAGGUCCAUUUAAAUGAGAUGUCAGGUUGCAAGGUCACCUGCCAAACCCCACAAGGUUGUAGGUCAGAUUUGGCUAUGUUGCAGCCACUUUUAAAUUUUUUUAACAGUUUAAAGUGGUUGGAAAAUAAGUACAUUGGUCAAAGGUCAUUGGUGGGUAUUUUAUGUAAAAAAAACUUUCAUUUUUUAAAACAUGAGGUCUAUUGCAAUAAUUUGAUUCAUGAGCAAUAAAGUAGUUAUUAUUUUAUAUACAAUAUUUUAGGAAUAUUUAAAUGAAAUAAGAAGACUGGUAAAAAUCAUGAAAUAUUUGGGAUCUGUGACUGUUGUCUUGGACUGUGUUGCUCAAAACUUUUUUUCAAAUGCAGUGGUUAGUUCUGUGUAGAUUGAUGGAAUUAUCUAUAGAAACAGUUAUUGAUUGGUCAUAUGGGUGAAGCAUCUAAGUUGAACUGUUUUAAAGAUGUCACACCGGUAAAAAUAGCAGUUCAAAAGAUGUCUGAACAAAAAUGUAAAACGGCAAACUGAAAUCGUGGUUUUAGGCAUGCUUCUGUUUGUAACAUUUGAAAGUUUUUACUAUAUUUUACUAUAUUUAUAUAGGUCGGAUAUUGUUUUUUUUUACAAUUUUACAAUAUAUUUUCUUUUGCUAAUUUAUUGAUCUUGAGAUAUAAAACUAUUUUUUUCUACAAAAAAAAGUUUACAUUCUUAUUUUCUAAUAUACAGUGUACAAGUAUAACAUCAACAUUCCAAUAUAUAUUUAUAUAUUGUGAGCAUUGAAGAUGUCUAAUGCCUAGUUCACACGUACAUUUAAUUUGAAUUGAAUUCGAAUCGAAUGGGAAUCGAAUUCGCUAAUCGCGUUCACACACUCUUCCUUUUUAAUUCAAAUAGAUUCAAAUUGGCUAAUUCGCAUUAACCAAUUCGCAUUAGAAAUCCGUUCUUGUUGAUACGAAUUAAAAGUUAAUGUCGUUCGGAAAGUAAAGCAAAUUUACAGUAUUGCAAUUCAAAUUAGAAUUAACGUUUGGACGUAAAACGAUUCGAAUGCGAAUUAAACUAAUUCUAAUUAGUUAAUGCGAAUCGAAUUCGAAUUACGUGUGAACGCAGCAUUAUUUUAUAUUAAUUUUUCAACAUAAAUAUUUAUUGAAUAAGACUCAACAUGGACCAUCAAUUCUUUGAUUUUUGUGUAAGAAAAAAAAUCAGAAUUUGUGAAUAUACUUCACAUCUGUUAUUUAUAUUGGGUGCAGUUUGCCACCAACUAUGACAAUUUACUAUAAAAAGUAUUGCUAUUGAACAAAUUGAAUUUUAUAAAGAAUAUACAUCAUUUGUAUUAGAAAGGCUUUUUACGUGAUCUAUUUAUAUAUGCUGUAGCAGUUUUCAUAGGAACAAUUAGAUAGAUGCUUUGGUAUUCAGGCAUUGUUUUAGAAAAUAGUGGUAGAAUUUGUAUUUUUUUUUUAGAUACUUAGUUGAAAUAUAUAUUGAAAAUCAUGGAUGAUAUUGAAUUUAACCCAUUAAUUUUUCUUAGUCCUCAAAUAUGCCUGCUUGCAAUACAUAGAAACGUGUUUGGCACUAUUAUAAUUCUAGUUGAUUCUUUUUAAUUGGUAUACAUUUUUAACUCAAUUUAUUGUACCUCGUGUAUUUUACAUUUUAUACUAGAUCCUAGAAACUGAUCCUAGGAGCAGAUGAUUUUAAAGUGUUUUUAACAGAUUAUGUGAUACAGAAACAUGACAUUCCUUUUCAUAUAUGACUAUAUUUUUUAAAGUGUCACUUUUAUGUUAUUGAACAAAUAUAUAUUAUUAUCAUUAUAAUGCUAAUUCGUCUGUUUUCUGUGAGUGGACUUUUUUCACCUAAAACUAAUGGCUCUAGUAAAAUCCUCUUAGAAGGCCUAACAUGAGUUAUUCCUGUCUUUCUAAAUAUAGCAGUCACAACAAAAGGCCAAUGAGAAUUGAAUAUUACAUAGCUGUGUAUUAUUUUUCAAUACCAUACUUUUACUCAAACUGUACCGAAUGUUGUAGUAUCAAUGAAAAAAAAUAUAAGCUUGACACCCCUUUUGUGGAGUGGUUAAGUACACAGAACAAGUUUUAAUGUAGAAAAAUUGAACAAUGCAUAUUAAAACUUGAUAAUAAUGUGGAAAAAUUGAUUUAAUUUAGAUUAAGCAAUUCACAGGCAUUCGGUUUAACAAAUAAAGUCUUGUACACAAAAUGUACUGAAUUUCUUGGGGUCACAUUAUUUGUAAACAUAAAGUCUUCAGACGAGUUGAUGUAUCAAAAAUAAAGAUGAGUUCCAUCAAACUUAUGAGCAAACUCUAGGGUCAGAUAUUUAAUUGUUUUAAGAUUGUCACUCAACUUCUUUGUUAAAUUUGUCUAUGAUUUUUACUGUUAUAUAAAUAAAAUUAUUUUAUAUAUAUAUAUAUUAUAUACA